AUGAAACAUCGAAGAGCCCAUGUAUGCCAAGCACCCGCGCCCUCCGCGACCUCUCCGCGUGCCCCCCUCGUGCUGCUCCUCGCCUACACCGUCGCCUUCGCGCUGCUCGCGCUCUGGGCUCUCUCCGCCUCCCCCUCCGCCCUCUGCGCCCCGCUCCUCUCGCCGCUCUUCCCGGCGCCCCGCCUGUCCGCAGCUGGCGGUCGCAACGGCUCGGCAGAUGGCGCACACGGCGCGCAAGGGGCGCGGGGGCUGCAGAGGGCGCACGGGGCGCACGGGACGCAAUGGGGAGACACGGAGGCGGGGGAGGAAGGGGUUCCCCUCGACGAAGCAGAUCGGUCGGGGGGAGUUGAAAGGGAUGGGGAUGACGCUAGCGAGGUCGCCCGGGGAGCAGCGGAGGCAGCAGCAGAGGCGCAAGCGCCCGCGCAAGAGACGGCGCAAGAGACGGCGCAAGAGACGGCGCGGUUCUUCCUGUACCGGCUGAUCGGCAACAACAUGGCGCCGCUGCAGUGCGCGGGGCAGCUGCUGCGCAACACGCUGUACGCGCUGCAGCACGAGGCGCGCGCGCUGCGUGACUGCCGGCGGCUGUGGGUGCUGAACCACGUGGUGAACGGCACGGAGCGCGCGCUGCUGCUGGACGCGCUGCUCGCGCACGGCGUGGCGCCACAGGACAUUCUUGUCCGUCGGAUCAACUACUCGCACAUCUCCACCCUUCCUGAGGCCUCCUGGACCGAGGCUGUCACAGGUGAGGCUGUGACAGGUGAGGCUGUGACAGGUGAGGCUGUCACAGGUGAGGGUGUCACAGGUGAGGCUGUCACAGGUGAGGCUGUCACAGCGCAGAACGAGGCGCGCAACUUCAUAUUGGAGCAUGGCAGGGCGGCGGGGGCGCGGUGGGUGCUGGCGUUUGACGGCAACCAGUUCAUCACCGCGCACGCCUGGGACCUCAUUCGCCACGCCGCUCUCAGGCAUGAGAGGGCCGGGCUGAAGCUCUUCAAGGUGCCCAUGUACCGCGUGCACGAGGAGCAGUCGCCGCGCUGGCUGGCGGCGCGCACGCGCUUCCACGCGCUGCAGCGCUUCGCCCCGCAGAUGUGGGAGAGCCAAGUCGCCUUCCGCAACGACUCGCCUCACCGCUACACCGAGGGCAUGGCGUACGGGCGAGACAACAAGCUGGAGCUCAUCGACCGCGUGUGCGGCACGGGGCGCUUCGAGGAGGAGCAUGCGCUGCGCCGCCGCCAGCAGAUGGAGCAGCGGCGGCGGCAGAAGCAGGAGGAGCUGAAGCGGCGGAGGGAGGAGCAGAAGAGGCGGAGACAGGAGCGCAAGGAGGAGACGGAAGGGCAGCAAGAGCAGGAGCGACGCUGGCGCUUGUUGAAUGUGGACUGCCGUGCAGGCAGCAGCUACAGUAACUCGAGUGCACAGGACUGUGCGGCGGGUGAGGGCAUGGCAGGAGAGGGAGCUGAGCUGCCCGUGCAGGGCAAGGGGUUGCAGCAGCCGCAAACGAGAGGUGUGGGGGACGGGGCAGUGCAGCAGCGGCGGCGGCUACAGGAGGCGUUGCAAGCAGACACGGGGCAGUGCGGGUGCCACAGGGAGGUGGGGCGGGACCACCGCAUCAAGCAAGCAGACCCCGCGGUGGCACACGCGUGCGGCUACACUGUGCGCCUCUGGUACUUCCCCUGUCCUGGUGUGGACGGCAAGCGCAUCUUCGUGGAUAAGAAGUACCGCGCAGCGCUGAGGGAGGAGGGCCACCGCCGCCUGGCACAGCAGAUCAGAGAGGCUGUGCGGCGGGCCGUGGGCAGUGGAGGAGAGGCGUCCGUGUACGAGGGCUAG